GGGGAGGCUGGCCGCGCCCGCCCGGGCCCCGCUGGCCCCGGCCGGAGGAGGGCUGAAGGGGGGGAAGGCAGCCCAGGCCCGGCCCGGACGGCUGGCAGGGGGAGCGGGCGGGCUCGGGGCGGCCUCUUCGCCCCCUCCCCCAGGGCCUGCGCCGCUCGCUGCUCCGCGGGAAGGAGGGCGAUCCCGAGCCGGAGAUGGAGGAGGAGGAGGAGGAGGAAGAGGAGGAGGAAGAAGAGAGGAGGAGAGGGCCUCGCCCGGCCUGGGAAGAGGAGGCAGGGGGCGGGGGUGAAACCCCGAGAAGGUCACCGAAGCGGAGGCGCCGGGAGCGGGGCGAGGAGGGGGGGACGGCGAGGAGGGGGCCCGGAGAAAGGCAAAGGAGGCGUCCCCGCCCGCCCCCCGCUCGAACGCUAGCUCCUCCUUCUCGGCCGCGGCCGCCGAGCCUCCCCGGCCUGGGCUGGCUUCCCGGGCACUGUCCGUGCCCAGCCGGCGGCGGCCGGGGCUGCCCGGGCCGGGCGCCUCUGCGGGUCCGGCCGCGCCGGACCGGGCUGAGCCGGCCUGGGCCGGCCGCUGCUCCCCGCGGGGCUGGUGCCCCGGCUGUGCGCGCCGAGCGUCCCCGGAGCAGCCUGGCCCCGCCGCCGCCGCGUGCCCCGGGCUCGGGCUCAGCAGCUGCAGUGACUGUGUGUCUGUGUCGUGUCUCUACAGCUGGGGGGACCAGCAAGCCGGGGCCGGCUCCGAGGGAGGAGUGGGGCGGGGCCCCGGGGGGCGGGGCCUACAGCCCCCGCCCCCCGGCUCCCCGUGACCCCAUGGAGAGGGCCGGCCGGCCAAUGGGAGAGGGGGUAGCGGGGCGGCCGCGAGGACGGCCCCCUCCCCGGCGCCCUCCCCCCGGCUCCGCCUCCGGCUCCUCCGGCCUCCCUCCCCAGCUAGCGGCCGCAACACCCGGAAUGGGGAGCCCGUGGGCAGGAUCCGGACCGACGGGGACGAGCCGGGGAGCUGGGGCCCCCCCCGCGCCCCGGCGGCAGCCAAAGCGGCCGGAGGGGAAGCCCCCCCACCGGCGGCCCGGCCACGGCGCUGGGCUCCCCGAGAGAGGUCCCCUUCGCUGCUUCUAAAAACAGCCCCCGUUGUGCACGCACCAGAUCUCAGCCAAAGGGCUGAGGCGCUCGGAGCGGGAGAGGAGGAGGCAAGGAAGUUUUUUCUCCUCUUCCCUCCUCCUCCUCGAAUCACAGCUUCUCUCCGGUAUGUGCACAGGCUGAAAACAGCGCGAGGAAGACCCAGUGUGGGCUUCGGACAGCAUCCUCCCGAGGGCUCCUUCCGAGAAGGGAUGAGCUCCGCUCCCCAAGCUUCUGAGGUCUCCCACUAAAGGGUCGUCCAGCUCCUGAAUCCCAACAACUAGAAGGCUGCCAGGCUGCUCGUCUCCCUCCAGAGAGCCCUGGGACCCUUGGGCAUGAUGGGAGAGAGAGCUGAGAACGCAAAUUCGGGGACCGGGAGGACCAGAUGUUAUUCUGGAGGGAGGAGGAGCCUGAAAGGAACACCGGGACCCCGAUCUCUGGGACCGCACCCUACAGGGCAGCAUCCUUGCCUAAAGAACCCAGCCGAGAGUUCGGGAGGCCCGUGAGUCUCUCGCCAUUCGUCCCGAACUCCCUCCCGGCCUUUGCCCGAGUCGCCACACCCUUGGCGGGUCGGUUCUUCUACAUCCAUCGCCACUCUUAGAACCCUCUUAUACAAGGAACCCUCCAGAGCUAGUUUCCCAAAAGAGGGUUCUCCCAGUGGGAGAGCCAGCUGAGCAAAAGGAACUCCAAGACCCGUACCGAGGCGCGCCAUGAAGCUGCGGGACAAGUUCACGGUGACGCCCGGGGCCCGAUGCCUUAUCUCUCUCUCUCAGCGAAGAAGCUAGAUCUUCCCUGGGAGCAGAGGAGGGAGAUGCUAUCUGGCUUUGAUGUCAUUACAUUGGCAGCGCCGCGCAUAAUAAGAUAAAAUAUUAUCUAAUAUCCCAGAUCCCAUUAAAGUGUCAAAGUUUAAUGUCAAGGCUUUUAGCUCAAACGUUGUUUCCGUUCUCCUGGUGAUGGGUAGGUCUGUUCGGAACGCCUGGAAAACAAAGGGCUCGUAUUUAUGUUUUAUUUUAUUUUAUUUUUGGUGAGUGUCCAGCGCUCUCCCUUUCUUACUGUCUUCCUUCUCCUCUAUUCCACUCAGACAAAGUUAAAACAAGGAUGUGGUCUUUAUUUUUAUCCCGGAGCUUGGCUCCACUUCAUUAGUGGUGUAAAAUGCAUUAUUAUAAUACAUUAGCAUAUUAAUAAAGGCGAUGUGACCCAGAGAGGGAAAGAGAGAUUUGAAAUUUACAAGCAAGAAAGGAAUAAUUGAAAAAGAGAAUCCAGCAAAGGGCAAAGGGGAAAGGGUUGUGUUUGAAGGGUAAAGUGAGGGGGGGGGGGAGUCUGAUUAGCUUGAGAACUGCCCAGAAGCCCAAGAAAUAGAGAGCUGGAGUAGUUAUAUGUUUGAAUAAAAAGGAAAUUGGCCUGGGUGUUGAGAGAUGCAAAUCCUAGAUCUCCCACUUCCUAGCAAUGAGGCCUUGGGUCAUUCAUUCUGCUUCUCUGAGCUUCCUUCAGUUAAAUGAAGAGGUUGGACCAAACCAGCUUCUGGGACAGUGAAAGGGAAAAUGGCAGAGCUGAGAGUGACUUAUAACAUUUACAGAAGAAGAAACUAUUUCCCAGGCACUUUUAUGUCUUGUGAGAGAGAGGUAGAAAGAAAGGAGAAUAUCUAAGUGACCUUUUAGUCAUACUAGUUCUAGAGAUGGAAAUAGCUUCGGAUGACAUCUGCCCAACUCCUUUCACUUUACAUCCCAUUUAGCCAAUAGCAUAUCGAGGUUGGCAAAAUCACACAGAUUGGGUCAGAAUCUGAAUCUGGAUCUUAUAGCAAUUGAUAUGGAGUCAAAUACAAGACUUCUUUCUGAGUACUACAUGACCUUAAAUGAAUCACACUGGGAUUCUCAGUUUCUUCAUCUGUAAAACGUAAGAUUAGACUGCAUGACCCCUGAGGUCACUUCAUUUAUAAAUCCAUGAUUGCUGAAGUAUCUUCCAGUUCUAAACCACUAAUCUUUGUUUGCCCUUCCAACCCUAACACAAAAUUCUGAGAUUCUGUAUGAUCCCAACUCUUCAUCUAAUUAGCUGAGAGACCUGAGCAAAGUCCCUUCCCAUAACUGAGCCUCAAUUCCUUUAUCUCUAAAUGAGGGAAACGAAUUUAGAUGAACUCCAAUGAUUCUCCUAGUUAUAAAAUUCCAUUAUAGAAAACUCUCCAUUCUGUUGAUUAGGAUUCUGUUGAUUAGCAUUAGAAUUCACACUGAAUUGAAUUAAAAUCCAUGUGCCCUUUAAGAAAAAUAUACCACUUCAUCAGUUAGGUACAUUAAAGUUUCAGAUCUGAUAUGCAAUAAUAGAUAGGCAUUUUCACUGUUUAUUUCCUUUGUUUUACCAAUUAAAUGGCAAUAGCCAAAUCCCAAAGUGGAUACUGCGCCUUCUCCUUUACCCUUCCUCAAGCUAUUGGCUUCCCAGAAUGCUGCAGGAUGGGAAUCUUUGUCAAAAUGAACCAUUUUCCAUGGGGAAGUCACCUCCUGGAAGGUGUAUGCUCUGUUAAACAUUACCCAAACACCAGAUCUGAAAGAUCUCUUUUGAAAAGUCUGUAAAUGCUCCUGAAUUCCCAAGCCCCAAUACCUUCAAAAAUCUUGAAUAAUUCAAUCAAUUCCUGAGGAAUUCCUGAAUCCAAAAAAGAAAAAGAUAGAAAAGAAGGAGGGAGGGAGGGAAGGAAGGAAGGAAGGAAAGAAAGAAGGAAGGAAGGGAGAAAGAAAGAGAAAGAAAUAAAGAAAGAGAGAGAGAAAGAU